GAUAGGUAUACUAUACUAAUAGUUAUAAUACCUAUUCCCAGCACCAUCCCCUUGUAUAAGGACAACUAAAGCUACCCGUGUGUUUGGAGUGGAUGUCACGCAUGUCCUGGAAAGUGAGAGAAAAUAUAGCGAGUUUAUCAACGUAACAUGGACCCCCAAAAGCAUUUCCUGGAAUUUCCAAACAUAAAAUAUGUUUUCUCUCAUCCCUUAGAUGUGUUACCGAUCUUUUGAGUUCCAAAAAGUUUUUACAAAAAAGACUGUACUGACUGCAACUUAUAGGCCAGCCCAUUAUCCGUUUUAAUUUGUUUUGAAACUCCCAAAAUAGCAAAACAUACAAUCCAAUGUUUAACGACAUAUCUAGCAGAUUCACCCACUAAAGGAGACGCCCAUAUAAAUCCAGAGUAAGUGUCGAUAGCGACAUGAACACAUUGCAAUCAAACAAACUCUGCAAUAUGGGUGACAUCUGUUUGCCACACUUCCAAUGCUUGCAAGCCGCGGGGAUUAGUCCCCAGCCCAAGGCCACCGCUAUGGUGACUGCACUGUGGGCGUGUUUGUACCAUUCAACCUAGCGUCAUUCAUGCCAAUAUUAAACUAUCUAUGUAAACCACGCGCAUUUUGAUGAAACAUCUCAUGAGAGCUAUGAGCAGCAUCAAACAGAUUAACAGGGGUCACCAUAACCAAUUUAUCAGCAAUAGCGUUGCUUCUUUUAAAACUUUUUUUGACCAUUCAUUAACAAAGAAGCACACUUGUGACACCCUUUUAAUUAAGUUUGCUGAUCUGUGCUGGGCUAGAAAUGAGUAGCACUGCUAAGAAAGAGCAACUCGUGUCUUGGGAUGGUUGAGGAUAUCUGUAAGGACCCUAAACAGGGACAGUUACACUGGAAGCUGAUGUAUCCUCUGUAUUAUGGGGAAUUUUGCUUUGGAGCAGCUUUAGCCCGGUUCCUACAUCACACAUCAGAGUCCUCCAAAGCUGGAUGCACCCCAUGCGACAGUGAGUGGAAGUAUUUUCUUUGGAGGUUUCCAAUGCACUCAGGUCCCUGAACACAAAGCUUGACUCGUUCCAUUGCAACUCCAUUUUUUAAGCACUGUUCUUCGGGCCCUCACGGCCUCCUGAGCUCUUCGCCUCCAUUUUAACACCCACUGCCGCCGCCACGGGAGCCUGCCGUGGUGAGAUGGUAACACCUCUCAGGGCCGUUUGGCUUGGUUUUGGUUUUGUGCGAUUUCAUUCGGUUUGAUUUCAGCCAGCUUUGCCUCACCCGUCACCGCCCACUGCUCAGGUAAGCCCGGCAGCGAUUGGUCAGCACCACUUCCAGCCCCGCCCUUUCUCCCCACAGUGGUUAGCUCAUCGCUUAAACGGCCAUCAUUUUCUCCACCUCUGAUUGGGCGGCUCUUCAAUCAUUCAUUCGCCUUCGGGCGCUUCGAUUGGCUGCGGGAGCGGAGCCGCGUGCCUCGGCGGUUUGCGGCAGCUUUGUCGUUCCCCGUUCACUGCGCCUUUCAGCUGCCGCCCGAUGGAGCUCUCCUGCCAGGCGCUGCGAGCCGCGCGCCAAGCGAGGGAGGCGGAUGAGCUGAGAACAGAAGCUCGGAGGAAAAAUCUCCUCAUUCUCAUCUUGCAUUACUUAAUGGAGGAAGGGUACAUGGAUGCUGCAAACACUUUGGAACGAGAGACAAAAUUAGGUUUACAUGGCUUUGAAGUUUGUGACAACGUUGACCUUGAGACAAUUUUGAUGGAAUAUGAAAGCUAUUACUUUGUAAAAUUUCAAAAGUACCCUAAAAUCACAAGGAAGGUCCUGGACACUGCAGAAAAUAAACAACAGCUGGGAACUGGAGGAAGGCAAAGAAGGGCAGCGAGUUCUCAGAAUCUCCCAAGGAUCAAGCAGCAGCCAAUGCAACAACCAUCAUCAAAAACCUCACUGGGGAGCACAGAACUAAAAUCACCCACCAAGGAGAGCCCCAAACAGAACAAUGAGAGCGCAGUAACUCUGGAGCAAUCUGACUUUGGCUUAAGCAUCUCAGCAAUCAACAGAACUGGAGGAGGAGGAGAAGGCCCUCACCCAAGAAGGGGCCAAGUGGUUGACUUGCAUGGGAUGAUCCAGGAUGUCAAAGUAUCCCCAAAUGGAAUAGGUUUAAGCAGCCUUAAUUGGGAUCCAGACCCAUCGGAACGCUUGCUGAAACCCCUUAGUGCUUUUAUUGGCAUGAAUGGUGAGAUGAGAGAACUUGCAACUGUUGUAAGCAAAGACAUUUAUCUCCAUAACCCAAACGUGAAAUGGGAUGAUAUCAUUGGCCUGGAUGCAGCUAAGAGGCUCGUCAAGGAAGCAGUUGUUUAUCCUAUAAGGUACCCUCAGCUGUUUACAGGCAUUCUGUCUCCAUGGAAAGGCUUAUUGCUGUAUGGACCACCAGGUACUGGCAAAACAUUGCUUGCUAAGGCUGUUGCCACAGAGUGCAACACAACAUUUUUCAACAUAUCAGCAUCCACCAUUGUCAGCAAAUGGAGAGGUGAUUCAGAAAAGCUUGUCCGGGUGCUGUUUGAGCUUGCCCGGUACCAUGCUCCUUCCACAAUUUUCUUGGAUGAACUGGAGUCUGUGAUGAGUCAAAGAGGCACCAUCUCUGGCGGUGAACACGAAGGAAGUCGGCGGAUGAAAACAGAAUUACUGGUGCAGAUGGAUGGCUUGGCCCGAUCUGAUGAUCUUGUAUUUGUUUUAGCAGCUUCCAAUCUGCCAUGGGAGUUGGACUCUGCCAUGCUGAGGCGGCUGGAGAAGAGGAUUUUGGUCGACCUCCCAAAUCAAGAGGCACGGCAGGCAAUGAUCCAGCACUGGCUGCCACCUCUGAGCAAUAGUGGAGGAGUGGAGCUGAGAACCGACCUGGACUACAGCUUGCUGGGCCAGGAAACCGAUGGGUACUCUGGCUCAGACAUCAAACUCGUGUGCAAGGAAGCAGCCAUGAGACCAGUGAGGAAAGUUUUCGAUGCCCUUGAAAACCAUCAACCAGGUAACAGUAACUUAGCUACAAUCCGUUUGGACACGAUCACAACAGCAGAUUUCCUGGAUGUGAUCACCCACACCAAACCUUCAGCAAAGAAACUCAGCCAGAAGUACACAGCUUGGCAGAGAGAGUUUGAAUCAGUCUGAGAAGAAAAAUCCCAAAAGACUGAGUCCCUCAAAGACUUUCACUAUCCAAAAUAGCAUUUAUGCCACCUCCGAAGGACUGAAUGGUGAUGGAGAAGGGAGUGCUGAGUUUCUGGGAGAAGAGAAACCAAUAGGAAAUGUCAAAGGACAUUAAAACUCCAGCCUUAACUUCAAGUAUAAAGAUCUAAAGAUGGAUUGCUUUUCAGUCUUUAUUCUCAGUAGCUGUUUACAGGUUUGGAGUCCAAGAACCGGAGCAGGUGAUGAGGGUAACUCUCCUUUCUGAAACUCACUAAAGCCUCACAAUCAGCACAGCUCUGCCAGCAGAGACCUGUGUGCCUUUUUAACCAAGCUUAAGUGAUUGCUUUCAAUGAAAUUGAGCUUAACAGUG